CAGUCACAUUGAUCAGACCACCACAUGGCAGGAUCCUCGCAAGGCCCUGCUCCAGAUGAACCAGGCUGCACCACCCAGUUCUGUGCCAGUCCAGCAACAGAACAUUAUGAACCCAGCCAGUGGUCCUCUCCCUGAGGCCUGGGAACAAGCUAUUACAUCAGAGGGAGAAAUUUACUACAUCAACCACAAGAACAAGACCACAUCCUGGCUUGACCCACGACUUGACCCGCGCUUUGGCCUGAACCAGCAGAGGAUCUCCCAGAGUGCUCCAGUGAAGCAGGGAGGCCCGCUUCCUCCCGGAAUCAUGGGAGGCAACAACCAGAUGAGACUGCAGCAGAUCGAGAAGGAAAGGCUGAGACUGAAGCAACAGGAGCUGCUUCGGCAGAGACCACAGGAGCUCGCUAUAAGGAAUCAGCUGCCCAUCAGUAUGGAUCAAGACGGUAUCACAAACCCUGUGUCCUCCCCCAUGGCCCAGGAUGCCCGCACCAUGACCGCCAACAGCUCUGACCCAUUCCUUAACAGCGGGACCUACCACUCCAGGGACGAGAGCACAGACAGCGGCUUGAGUAUGAGCAGCUACAGCGUCCCUCGCACUCCAGACGACUUCCUCAACAGCGUGGAUGAGAUGGACACAGGGGACCCUCUACCACCCUCCAUGGCAACACAGCCCAGCCGCUUCCCCGACUAUCUGGACGCCAUCCCGGGAACAGACGUGGACCUGGGCACCCUGGAGAGUGAGAGCAUGGCGGUGGAGGGCGAGGAGCUGAUGCCCAGUCUCCAGGAGGCCCUGAGCUCUGACAUCCUCAAUGACAUGGAGACAGUGCUGGCAGCUACCAAGAUUGACAAGGAGAGCUUCCUCACGUGGUUAUAAAAGAUCCGAGCAGGGCGCUCCUAACUCCUCUCCUCACACUCUGAACUGCUGCCUGCUCUGAUCUGUGAAGGAGUCUUAGAUGCUUUUACAAGACAUUUCAGCGAGCCUCUCUGGACUUCUGUCUCGGCGUGUAAGGCCAACCUCUUUUGAGGCAGUGUUGUUAUUUUCUUUUCACUGGUGUGUUAUCUCUUUAUUUUGUCUGUGUCUUCAAGGCUGGCCCAUGAACAGACAAUUACGCAAGGGUCCCCAAAAAUCAUUCACAGAUCUGUCAGUGAAUCUAGGGCAUCUGUACCUAGAACAGGGGUCGCUCCUUCCCCCUUGUCCCGCGCCCUCCCUCAUAGCUGAGCUGGGCAGGUGCAUGUACUCUUCUGCAAGGACUGCCAUCAUCAGAUAUCACCUGGACUCUCUGGUGCCUCUUUUUCUUGCAAUAUAGCGUGAAGCAGCACUACGUAACUGUGUUUGGGACUAUUGCAUCUAGCUUAAGUCGCUUUAUAUUUGGCCUUGUACAUUUUUAUUCUUUUGUUUGUUUGUUUUCAACGAGCCUGAGAAACCAAAAAUGAUGUAUUUGACACAUAUAGAACAAUACUGAUUUGGAGUAAAGGUAAUGUGAGGCCCAGUUUGGACAUAUUGGCUUUGCGUGGGGGUGGGGGUGGGGGUGUUGGAGCUUGGGGACCGACUACAUUGCUGCUUGGCUGUGCCAGCAAGUCUAAGUUAAACCUUUGAUAGAUCAAGUGCCUUCAGUUGUAUUUUUUGAGACGCGAACAACACGAACAAUUACUAAGUUUCUGUAAUGCAGCAAAAAGCAUUAGGCUGUAUUCAUUUACAUCAACCACACUUUCCUCUAUCUAAUGUUCAAUAAUCAGAAAUGUAUUUUUGUUUUAUAAACACAUUAUAAGGGGAUUUAGGGAUUUCUGUUUGUUUUUUAAACCCUAGCUUCUAAGUAUCUCAGUCUUAUCCAAGCCUAAUUCAUGAUUCAUUCUUUGUUUUAUCUUUUUAGUAUUCUUUUUAUUUUUUAGGUUACAUAUGUAUGAUAGCUUAGAUCAAAAUGGCAUUUUGCUUCUUGUUUUUAAUUUUUUUCGUAGAUGAAUUAAUCCAUUUUUAACAGGGUCGACUGUUAUCACAGCACGCCGAAGUCUGCCAAGACACCGAAUGAUUCAGUGUUGGUUGUUUUUUUAACCAUUUAGCUGAUUCUCUAAUUUACUAUAUACGUAUUAGUGUUUUUGUUUAUUUGUUGAUCACAUGCAGCUUUUACUAUCUUUCUGAGACAUUAACCAAAAAAAGGCAGAUCUCUUGGCUAAACAGAAACUACAGCUCUUUGAUCAAUUAAAUCUUGUGACACUGUACAGUAUACAAGAGUUAAAAUGUAUAAAACAGUCUUCCUAAGGAGGGAGCGGAGCCCCUCUGUGCGACGCUGUGUGUUGAAAUGAGGGGUUUAUAGACUACAGCUAGUACAAGUUUAAGCAGGUUUGAAAGUCAUGUCGAGAGGGUAGUGUAGAAGGCCAGGGUUUGACUGACGGCGGUGAGUUACGCGGAUUGUUGAUUUUUUUUUUUUGUGAAAUAAUUAAGAAACAAUCAGUUUUUAUCUCAGUCAGGAAUUGUUGUGGCAGAUUCCAAAGAUGUUAUUGUAAUGACGCUAACACUUAUUUUUGCUUCCAUUUUCACACAGUCCAGAAACGGUAUGAUUUGUAAAUCAGCCUCUGUAUGAACACACUGUAUAAGCUAAUGAGAAAAUGAUGUAGGUUUAAAGUGUUAAUGGACAUGUCUGAAUAGGUCUAGCUGAGAGAUUCUUUAAAAAAAAUUUUUUUUUUUAGACAAGAUGGUUUUGAGUGACUAACCCCGACAUUUAAAGAUGAGGUUUCAGAACUGAGAAGCAAGUGAUUCUUUAAGCGCUCACAUGUUUACAAUAUGACUAAAUAAGAAACUGCUACAGCUGUAGUGGAAAUGACACACCAACAAUUCUCUCAUAAUCACAAUAUUUUUGAUGUUUACACCACGGCUAUAUCUCUGCAUGACUGCAGUAACCUUUGAAUGAUCAGCCUGCCGUACAUGCCUUUGGUUGAAGCCUCGCAGGGUGUCACACUGAUUCUAAUGCCAACCAAUACUUAAUUGGUGGCAUUAACUUGAUGGAACAAUAUUGUUUUUUGAACAAUGAACAAUUUUUUAAAAUUCUGUGUGAGAAACCUCUUUUUAGUUUUGAUUUUACUGAUCAUUAAAUCAUGUGUUGAUGAUGUUUUUCAAGAUGGAUAAACAGUGUUGGUGAGAACAAUGCAACUAAAAUGAGUGGUACACUACAGUGCUUGUAUUGCACGGCUACAGAGUUUUCAUUUUGAUGCAAUGACGCAUUUUGUCACACAAACCUGAUUUUAUGCUUACCUAGUGUGUAAUUGUCAGAGCAUAUUAGCUGUUGACUGUCAUUGUAGCAGUAGAACUAAUCACACACGUUAAAGGAUUUUGUAUUUAGAGUUUUCUAAAUGCACAUGAAAUGAAUUUAUAUUCAGUAUGAUCUGUUCAUUUUUUUGAUAGAUAUGUGCAUGUGUUUUAGAAAAAUAAAUUCUGUUACAUUAUAUCUUGCUUCAUAUGAUACUUUGAAAUUGGCCUGAAAUAAAGUAUAUACUUUGUGGUAAUAUUUUACUUGAG